AUGGCAACCUGGGUCGUCGGCGAUGUGCAGGGGUGUUUUAGCACUUUCAGGCGCCUUCUGGACCGUAUCGAGUUCCGCCCCGAACGUGACCGGCUGUGGUUCGCGGGCGAUCUGGUCAACCGGGGGCCGGACUCCCUCGGCAUGCUGCGCUGGGCGUACCGGCACCGGGAUUCGAUCGUCUGCGUGCUUGGAAAUCACGACCUGCACCUGCUGGCGCAGCGCGAAGGUGUGAUCCCCGCCCGCCGCCGCGACACCCUUGUUCCGGUGCUGGCCGCACCUGAUGCCGAUGAUCUUUGCGACUGGGUCGCGGGGCUCCCCUUCGUCCAUCGGGAGGACGGCUUCCUUCUCGUGCACGCGGGAGUGCUGCCUCGGUGGGAUCUCUCCGACAUCGAAGCCGCGGCGGGGGACGCCAAGGGUGCCCUCGCCGAGGAUCGCGGUGGUUUCUUGCGCGCGCUCUAUUCCGUAAGGGGCGACGGCCCGCGGCGGAAGAAGAACGCUGAUGAAGCGCCGGGCCCGAACGGUCCGGCCGGCGGGCGGCACCUGGCGGGCGCGACCGCCGCAUCCGUGUUGACCCGGAUACGGAUCGUGGACGCCGCCGGAAUCCCGUCUUUCGCGUUCGACGGCGUUCCCGAAACCAUCCCGCCGGGUCAUCGGCCGUGGUUCGAAAGCGUUUCGCUGCCCGCGGGAAUGACCGUGCUCUUCGGCCACUGGGCCGCGCUGGGCCUGAUGGUUUCGGAGCGGGCGGUGUGCCUGGAUUCGGGUUGCGUCUGGAACGGCUCGCUGACCGCGCUGCGCCUGGAAGACGGCGCCCUUAUGGUCCAACCGGCGGCCGAGGGCGACGGGCAGCCUCUGUAA